GUGGUCAGCCUGCGAACUACUCUAUUCGAGGGUGGAACGACCACGGCAAAUAUCUAUCGACUGAACGAAACAACAAUAUAAACUUGGCAAAAUGAAUGACACGUGCCCUGGUUGUAAAAAGAAAGUUUCAGGCCAAACGGUGACGGCUUUGAAGAGGAAUUGGCACCCGCCCUGCUUCGUGUGCAAAAAGUGCGCACAGAGUUUGCUUGGGAAAGACGAAUUUAUGGAGCAACAAAACCAGCCGUACUGUAAGGAAUGCUACCACAACACCUUCUCGCCCAAAUGUGCUAAAUGCAACGAAGCUAUCAAGGAAAAAUGCGUCACUGCGAUGGAUAAAACGUGGCAUCCUGAACAUUUUCAAUGCGCCAAAUGCUCGAAGCCCAUCGACGUAUGCAGUAAACUUAAAAUCGCACAGAGUAAACCAUACCACAAUGAGUGUGAGUGCGAAGUGGCUUAAACAAGCUAACAGCUCUAAUAAAACAUGAGCUAAAUAUUUUUCAUCGAUUAUCGAUUCUUUUAAUCAACAGUUUCGAUGCGCACUGUAUGAUAUCGUAAAAAAAAAAA